AUUUUCACCCCUUUCCAGCAUAUUUUCCAGCAAAUUUCGGUCCAUUUCCCGGAAAAUUUCGUCGUAUUUCUACACCACAAGAAGUGACCAAGUAUGAGUGCCAAGAAGUAUCUGAAAACGGUUCCACCACAACCGCCGGCCCAACCCGUGGCAAAAACGGAAAAGGAGGAACAGCUCUGGAACGCCCUCAAGCGCCACAUCAUGCGGGAACGGGAACGCAAGAAGCAAGAGAUGGAAGCCGAAGUGGAGGAGGAACGCCAACGGAAGGAGCGCGAGGCUCGGGAAAAGCAGGACGUUAUGACGCUCGGCGAAACCAAGGAGCAGAUCUCGAUGAUGGAGAAAACGCUGCAGGAACUGCGCAACGAAAAGCAGCAGCUGUUUCUGCAGCUGAAAAAGGUUCUCAACGAGGACGACAACAUCCGGAAGAGGCAGAUGAAGGAAGCAGCGGAGAUGUUUCCUGUUCACAACAUUCAGCAGCAACAACAACAGCAGCAGCAGCAGCAACCUCCGCCCCCGCAACAGCAACAGCAGCAGAUCUUCCUGCCAGCGGGAAGGCCAACCAAUCCGAUGCCACCUCACCAGCAGCACCUGAUCCAUAAGGUUCCCACGCAGGUGAAUCCGCCGGUGGUGACCAACGUGGGCAAGCGUACGCACAGUCCGUCGCCGCAAAAUUACUACCCCAAGCCGAACACGAGCCAGACCUACGCGCUUCCCCCGCAGCCGCAGAAAAUGGAGGAGGGCAGACGAGGCCCGGGUGAAGUGGCCCGUGCCGUUCUGUGGAACAAGUCGCAGUACUGUCCACCGGGGACGCUGUUCUACCCGACCGCUGCUCCGCCACCGCAGGUUCCUCCGACGGGACCGGGACCCCAGGACAAUCGCCAACCGCAGCCACAGCAAAUCAUCUACCCGCCGUACCCGCAGGCGAACAUUGCGAUGCCCAUCCGGCAGUCGUACCACGUGGAACUUCCACCGCAGGGUGGCGGCUCCCAGAAGGCACCGGAACUGAUCAAAACUGGACCCGGAGGUCCUCCACCCGGUAACGUGUACCACAUUACGCUCGACCAGCAGGGAAUUCCGCAACAGGCGCCUCAAAAUCCGGGUCCACCGCCCCAGCUGAAGGCCAUUACGAUCGAGAAGAUCCCCGAACAGUACGUUCGCCAAGGUCAACCGCCGCAGCAGCCACCACCACCGACGAGCCACCUCCCAGAAGGGAUCGUGUACACUUCGGCGCUGCGUCCCGGGGCCAUCCCGAUGCACGCGAUCGCCGCCAACCAGCAAAUGUCGAAGGGAGGCGGUGGCAGCAUCACCCAGGGCUACCCGCCGGCCCGGCCGCCUCAAAUAGUGGCCCAGCCCCAGCCGCCACCGGGCCAGAUGCACUACCCGCGGCAUCGCUAUUAGAGUUAGAGAGGGUUCGCUCCGCAAAAAAAAUAUUGCAUUUUUAUUAAAGUUUUCUCGACUCUUUUAGCAAAGAGAGGUUCUAUUUUGACAGAAAUAUAUAUUAAAUAUAUGAC